AUGUUGCGUGUGUUGUGUUUAUUGAUUGUGGUGGCGACAUCUAUGUGUCGGCCUUACGAUCCAGAGGAUAGCGAACUGAAGUCGGUGCUUCCAUCUAGCGGGGAGUUCGAGGCUUUCUAUCCGCGUCAAAGUCACGGCAUCCCGAAUGGUUCUUCGCGGCCAGCACACGGCCACGGCAGUUUCUACAAGCAUCGCAACCCAGCUCUUGUGGAUGUCAAAAAUGCACCCGCUUACGGAUUCAGAUUCGAUGGAAUGAGACGUUUUAAUUUUGAUGAUGAGGAAUAG